UACGUUAUACCCGUAGUUGCAUAUUAUCAAUGCGGAAGCUGUUUUGAAUGGCUACAGUGCUAACUGGUUUUAGUGUUUUAAUUCUUCAUUAUAGUCACAAGUCUAUAGUAACGAGGCAGUUUACUAAAUACUAAGACAUGUGGCUUUGUACACUGUUGUUUGAGAGUGCGACUAUUUGAAACUGGAUGUUAUGGCUGUCUAUCUUCUCCCGUGUUUAGAUAACGUAAACUGUGCUGGACGCGUCCUGUUGUUGCUAGCUAGCAAGUUAUUUUACUAACAUACUUGUUCCCUUAAAGUGUCCGUCAACCGGCAAAAUGAAAGUACGCUCGUCUGUUUUUGCCUCUUUCAUUUUAAUAUUUGAAGUGAUUGGCAUUGCUCUCUUUCUUCGGGGAUUUUUUCCUGUACCUGUCAAGUCUUCUCUCUCAUCCAAGAGCAAGCUGUCAGAUCUCCCAGCGGAGCCGCUGACAGGAAGCUCUCCCAACUCCUCUCGCCUUCCCCAGCCUCUUUUUAAAAGGGUGGUUAUAAUGUUAGUAGAUGCCCUCCGAGAGGACUUUGUAUUUGGACCCAAUGGUCGCGUGUAUAUGCCUUACACCAGACAUGUGGUGGAAAGAGGCUCAUCGAACAGUUUUGUGGCUAAAGCAAGACCUCCGACUGUCACCAUGCCCAGGAUCAAGGCUCUUACCACUGGCAGUAUCCCAGGCUUCAUUGAUGUGGUAAUGAACCUGAAUUCUCCUGCACUACUGGAAGACAACCUCAUUUGGCAGGCCAAAACAGCAGGGAAGAGGAUAGUCUUCUACGGAGAUGACACCUGGGUGCGCCUCUUUCCCAAACACUUCAUGGAGUAUGAUGGCACGACCUCCUUCUUUGUAUCUGACUACACUGAGGUUGACAACAAUGUGACCCGUCACUUGGAUAGCACCCUGAAGAGAGAUGACUGGGACAUUUUGAUCCUGCACUACCUGGGCCUCGACCACAUUGGUCACAUCAGUGGACCUCACAGUUCCCUCAUCCAGCCUAAACUGCUGGAGAUGGAUGACGUCCUGAAGAAGAUUCAUGGCGCUCUCAUUUCAAAGGAGGCGGAGGGAUCCUUGCCCUACCUGCUGGUGCUGUGUGGAGACCACGGCAUGUCGGAGACCGGCAGCCACGGAGGCUCUUCAGAACCAGAAGUCAAUACACCCCUGGUGCUCAUAAGUCCGGCCUUCAAAAGAAAAGUGGGAAUGGAGAAGCCUGGAGUGGUAGAGCAGGUUGACCUGACUCCGACCCUGGCCCUGGGGCUCGGCCUACCCAUAUCUCAAAACAGCGUGGGCCGUGUCAUCCCAGGUGUUUUGGAGGAAGCCUCACUUCGAGACCAACUGCGCUUUCUGCAUCUCAAUGGCCACCAGCUCAGCUGCCUGCUCAAAGACAGCAUACCCGACUAUGAGAAAGAGGCAGGCUUUGAGCAAUUCCGUGUAGCAGAAAAGGCUCAUGGGAACUGGAUGAAGCUCUACCUGGAGGGCAACACCUCUGAGGUGCUGACCAACAUGGGCAAAAAAGUCCUGAAGCAGUAUCUGGAGGCCCUGGCUGCCAUGAGCUCGGCCCUCAGCAAACAGCUGGGGAAGUAUGACAUGUACUCCAUGAUUGCAGGCAUGGUGUUUGUGUUUCAGCUCCUGUUGGUCUUACUGCUGGCUAUGCCUGAAGCCCUCAGUGGUGAAGCAACCGUGGAUCUCCCAGUCCUAUCAGCCCUGCUCUCCCUGCCUUUCUACCUCCUGUGCCUGCUGCUCGCCUCGGUGCACGUCUUGGUUUGCACAUCUGCUGAGAGCUCCUGCUACUUCUGCAGCCUCUCCUGGGGUCUUGUGUUUGCUGCUGUUGCCUUCUCUUCAGCAAUGUUUUGUAUUCUGGUCUCUUUGGCCACGCGCCGACUCGCCCCGGGACCCAAGAUUUACGGAAAGUCUCCAGUGAAGGGCGGCAGCAGUGAGUGGUCGCUGUCAGAGUUGGAUGUUUUGCUUUUGGCGGGCACGAUCGGGCACACUCUCAGCUUGGCGGCCAGCAGCUUCGUGGAGGAAGAGCACCAAACCUGGUACUUUCUGCUCAGCACCCUCUGCCUCGCCGUCUUUCAGGAUGUCUGUCGCAAGUACUUCAGAGAGCAAAGUGGCUCUGGAGAUGAAGAGGAGUCUAUCCUUCCUUCCAAAGACUGUCACCCCUCUGCUCACCCCAAGGCAGAGAUUUACUCCGAAAAGUGGCUAGCGUUAGCCACACCACCCUUCACGCUGCUCUGCUGCCGACUGCUGCGCUCCCUCAACCAGACUGGAGUGCAGUGGGCUCAUCUUCCUGAUGUGGGACACUGGCUUAACAGUUCUGAACACAGGAUGGUUCUCUCCCUGCUGGCUGCUUUCUGUUUGGUCCUCAUCUACCUCCUGGUUCAAAGACGGUGCUCGUGGGUGUCCAAAGUUGCCCUUGCCCUUGGACUGUUGGGUGUCUACAGCUACCGAGCAGCUGUUGGCAAUGUCUUGUUUCCCUGGCAACACCCAGAUCGAACUAUGUUCAAGGGAACAGUGGAGGCACGCUUUGUUUACGUCUUCGUUUUGGGCAUCCUGUUCUCGGGCACCAAGGACCUGUUACGAUCCCAGAUCAUUACAGCAGAUGCCAAGCUGAAGAGCAGGGGAUUAUGGGAGAUUUACAGUGGCUUGGUUUUGUUGGUUUCGCUGUUGUUUCGUGCACACAACCUGCCCGUCCUCUGCUGCUGUCUGUUGACUCAGACCCUCAUGGCUCAGUUUAUCUGGAAGAAACUCCACUACGACGCAGCCCAAACCACCAUCAUGCAUUACUGGUUUGGUCAAGCCUUCUUUUACUUUCAGGGCAAUUCCAACAACAUUGCCACUGUUGACAUUUCAGUCGGCUUCAUUGGACUGGAAAGUUAUGUAGAAGCACCUGCCAUCUUCUUAACUGCCCUCAGCACUUACGCAGGGCCCCUGCUCUGGGCUUGUCACCUCGUCUGCUACCUCAGCUCGGAGAGAGACAGGAGCCCGGUUGCAGUCGGCCAUGGCUGCUACUGUUUAGCCUUGCUGAGGUCUGUGCCAGCUGCAGCCUACAUUGUGCUGGUAACUGUUCUGCGGUACCAUCUCUUCAUAUGGAGUGUCUUUUCACCCAAAUUACUGUACGAGUCCAUGCACCUGCUGCUGACUGCAGGAGUUUGCGUCUUCUUCUACACUAUGGAGCAAAGCCACCAUUCCAGUGGGUCUUAAGGAGCCAAAGAUGCAUCUCCCCUUAAGGGAUUCUCUUAAGUCAAAGGGUCAGGCUCGGUCUCUUAAAAGUCUGUGUAAGGCUUUCAGACUGAUACACUGUACAAUAUGCUUACCCUCACUUUGUAGUAUAGGUUUGCUGAUCUGUUCACAUUGUGUGAAUAGAUGCUUCAGAAAGGCUCUUUCCUCUGGACUCUGCACAUUUGGUUUGCAAAAAUAUACUUUAAGAAUGCACUUACAGUGUAAUUUUAAGCAGUUUAUUUCAGUAUUUCCUUUUUUUCAAGGAGAAAAUGUGGAUGAAUAAAAGUAAAAUUACAUAAAGAAGUUUAUGAAAGAAUAACUUUUUUUUUUACAUGAAAAUAAGUUACCUCAGGGACGUGUACAGUGAGAAACUUCGACAACAAUACAGAGUUUGAUAUUUUUGUGACAUAAAAAGCAUCAUGUGUUUUUCAUUUAGAUGCUUCAGAUCAUUAACCGUGUAACUAGUGUACAGAGCUUCUGGGUUUGCAAAGUUAAGUCAAUGCGGAGGGGCCUUACAUGUGCAUUCUUACUGAUGACCAGCAGGGGGCAAAUCUUCUGGUUUCAAAAACAUCUGAUUGUAUGUAAGCUUAUGAGAAAAUGACCCCACUUUGCACUUGCUUUAUCAUCUCAGUAAAUGGUUUCUUAAUGAGUUUUUGGUCUCGUCACUAGUUUGAAGCCUUCUUCAAUACAACAGGCUCUUAAUUUUGUAAAUUAGAGUCCCAUUCAGAGUAAGAGAGAUAAAGCAGGGUCUUCUUUAGGGUGAUUGACAAGUCGCUACCACAGUGUGUCCUCAGGUUCUCAGUCAGAGCCAAUCAGGAAGAGCUCUACUCUUUGCCCAAAUAUGGUGACUUCAGGAAGUAGUCCAAAAAUCAGUGGAUUUUGUCACAGUAGGUUUACCCUUGCUUCAGCUGGAGUUCACUGUUAUUGUCAUACUGUGAUGACUGCUGUGACAGGUCAGACUGUCUAUAAAAACAGUUUGUGGACAAAUUAUUGAAGUCUGCGCUGUCUUGACUUAACAGACACAACAAAGGAAACUUAAACCGUCAAACAGGGUCUGAAGUUGCCUGCAGUCCUGAGACAAGGUCUAAUCCAUCAACAUGAGUGAAAACAUCUGUGUGGGUUUAAAAUGGAGAUGCAGGCCACUUCAGUGUGGGAGUUUUUAAGACAUUUGUUUCUCUUCAAGACAUUUUUUAAUGUGCUAGUAAAAUAUUAUGUAAUCUUUAUUUUUUCACUCUCAAAAGUAUUUUAUUGUCCAUUCACUAGGGACGUUUUGGAAAUGGUCAUCACAAAGCUGCUCCAGAGAUCUUUCUAUGCAUGUGAACACACACACUAUGUACGUGUUUCUACUGCUAUUAGCGUGAGAGGCUUAGUAGGUUUGGAUUUAGGCAAACUAUGUCUAAGUACAAACAAAAGGCUUUUUAGAUAUUUUCACAUCAGAUGAUCAGUUACAACCAUGGGUUUUCUUGUUUAUAGUCUUCAUGUUAAGGAAACUGGUUUGGCAUGGCUGAAAAAUAAGAUACAUUUAUUGUAUUGCUAACAUUCUAAGUCUCUUACUGACCAAAAUCUGCAAUAUUCAGCACAUGAAAUGCUCUGAUUACCAUAUAAUUAAACUGAGACUGGCUCCAGCAACCUAUGACCUAUGAAACCAGAGUUUCAACCAGACAGUCAGUUCACAAUUCAGUCCAGACAUCCAGACCUCUUACUGAGGUCAGCCCAGAAAUGAAAGGAAACAUCGAGGUGUAUUAUAUGGUAAGUAUUUUUAGUUAUUUUCUCCACUUCCAGCUGAGACUUUAUUAAUUCAGUAGCAAUUUCAGUAUCUUGGCAGACGUUUCGACUGCAUGUCAACUAGAGGUCUGCAGCACAUCAAGAACACCAGGAACAUUUGAUGAAACCUUCACAAUAGUGAAGUAAUCAGUCAGUUAACAGGACAGAGUUAAAUAAUUUCCAUCAAUAUAUUUAUAGAAUAUUAUUAUUUCUACUUAAUCCUACUGAGGGAGGAUGAGAUACGAAAAGCGCUGAGCUCAUAUUCAAGCAGAGGUGCACAAAUUAAGCACAUGAUCCCAUUGUUUUUUUUAUUCCCCAAAUUGUUCAGUAAGAGUUUGGAAUAAAAUGCCAAAAUCAUUGCAGAACCUUAAAGUUCAGCUGCAGGAACGGCAGCAGCAAACGGUUUUACUUGCUAUCAUUAUCCACCUGAAUCCGACUGAAUUUACAUCACAAUGUGGAUGUACGAGUCAUAACAUUUCCAAAGUCUGGCAGUGCACUGCAGGCUUCUGAACUUGUUUUACUUGUGCUCAAUCAGUUCAAUAUCACUGACAAUACCACAGUAAAGCUGGCUAUCAUCCAAAUCAAUAACCGCAUGGAGCCAAAAGAGCAGCCGGUGUGCUGCUGUCCUAGGGCUAAUAAGGCCAGCUUUAUUAUUUUAGUAUCUCACAGACUGUUUUGACUCCAUUUUGAAAGUAAAAUGAAAAGAAGUUUCUCAAAACAUCCAGUUUGCCAUAAACUCUUGUGAUUGUGUAAUUUCAGUCCUAAAUAACGUUCCCACCUCCAGUAUGCAGAACUGCAGUGGUGCAUUACAAAAUAAGAGGAAAAACUUCCACUCCAACAUUUCUAUUGUUGAGUUAUUGACUUCUUUGAUAUCAGUGAAUAUGUGUGACUACUUCAAAAGCUCUUUCCUGGUUGUAACCUGGUGGUUUUUACAUCAGUACCUUUUAAGAUUCAUCCAGAAAAAGAACAAGUUGAAAGAUUUAGUGUUAAAGCUACAGCAUGCAACUUUUCACCUCGGGGCAUAGGAGUGAAGCCUAAGUUCCCGCCCCAACACUUGUCACUCACAUUGAUGAGCUGUCUGCCCUGUAACAGCACCUCGCCUGAGGCACAGAUCACUGACACAAGCUGCCAUGGGCACCGGAGAAGCAGAUGCCAAACCAAGAAGGGGAGGGGGGGUGCAAAAAUCUGAAUACAUGCAAUAGUCUGAUGCAAGUCAAGCUUCACACUUGCUUUUACUGCUGUUGUGGCCCACCUUGACAGGGACAACCUCAAUGCCAUCUACACCCACAGAAAAUGGAAUUUAAAUGUCCUGAACAUCAUUGAAAAGUCAGACAAACAAGGGGAUUUACAUUUGAACACACGGGGUCAGUGACACAAACACAUGCUGCAUAAGGAUCACUGCAGGUUGGCUGGUUUGCAUCAGAAGCAGGAAACGUUCAGCUUUGAGGUGAUCGCUGAACAUCAAUCAUGUUUGAUGGAGCAGCAUCUCUCUGCAUAUCAUCAACUGCGUCACACUGAAAUGAAAACUCGUGACAUCACUUUAGUUGCACUUUAGUUCUGUGGAGUUUGAGAAACUCCUGAAGUCCUUUGGUACACAUUGUGGUCAUUUUUCUUGGUUUUAGUAGCACAUUUGCCAUCAGCAGCCAACAUGUUGGUUUGUUUUUCCUGGUUUUCUGUUGGGUUAGUUUUUUCUAUAGGGGACUUUUUUUUUCUUAAUUUGUUCAUAUCAUAGUUCCUGGUGCCUCAUUUAUAAAAAUGUUCUUAGAAUUAAAUUUGAAAGACAAAAUUGUGGCUGAUAUUAAACAGUAAUUAUCUGGCAGUUAAUUCCUCACAGGAUUUGAGGGUUAAGAAAAAAAAAAAAAAAAAAAAAACAGUAUCAAAAGAUGAAUAGCUGUGGUGUGUCCAGAAAUAUUGUCUGUGAGUCUGCUAAUUCCUCACACCUUCAACUGGUAACUCACAUUCUUCAUAAAGCUCAUGUAGGCUUGGAUGCAAAUGUGUCCCAGACUGCAAUGCCCCUGCAUAACCAGCAGGAAAAUCACUUACGUCAAGUCUAGACUUUGCUUAGAGAUCAUUUCCACAUCAAAGUAAAGUUUUAUAAAUACCUACCUAUACAUGGUUUUCUGUUUAAGUCGUGCUUAAAACUGAUUGUUUAUCCAGUUUAUAAAUGAGGUUCAGUAUAAACAAACUAGCAACACUUUGAACAGACCUAGAAGACACUGUAUAUUAGAUAAAUAUUCAAUAAUAAGAUCAACAAAUGUGAAACCUUUACCAAAAAAAUCACCUCACAGUCAGAAUAACUAAACAGGAAGUGGCAUGUAGAUCAAAGUCACUGCGAUGAACUCCACUCCAAAUGUUCAGCUCACAGAGAGAAAUUAAGUCUGCAGCUGUGUUACGGUUCUUUUAAGCUCUUCUCUUUUUUUCUGUUCCAAAACAUCAUGGAUGCUCAUGUAAAAAGAUCACUGCACCAGUGCACACAGAAGCCUCAGAACAGCUUCUCACAAAUCUGAUGUUGAUCUGAUGACGCUUUCUGUAUUUCUGUCUCCUCUGUCUCCAAAUACCUGCCGGCCCAUGAAACGCAUCAGAAUAAUAGUGUCCACAUGGUUGAAAGCUUUUAAGCGCGUGUGAGCAGUUACACGUGGAUUUCCUUGCCAGCUCCAUUCUGUGUGAUCCUUCAGCUGACAUGUUGACUGAAUUUAAUUUCUUAUUUUAGCUCUGAGAUUCAAGGAAUGAAUGUAGAUUGGACAUACAGCCAACAAUACAGUACAGUCGACAUCAGCCUCCAUUAUUUGUAAUUUGUAAAUGUAAUUUGUCUUUCCUGUCAGUAGAUGAAAUGUGCGAUUCAGCUUCCAUUCUAGUAAGAUCUUUCUUGUUUUUAGAUAUAUUAUGAUAAUUAUGCCAUUCAUCCUGUUUUUAUGCAUGUGUGCAGUUUUACCACUUAGUGUGUCCGUGAUCCCUCCUGAAGUGAUUUUCCACUUUUUUUUUUUUUUUUUACUUCUAAUUUGUGUAUCCUCUGAGUUGAGAGUACUGCAACAAUUGUGAAAUGAUAAAAAAAAAGGUGACUGGUGACUAUUUCCUCCAAAUCGUUUACUGCUUCAAGAGACACUCUUGCAUUAUUUAUGUUCUUGAUAAUGAAAUAAAUGAUUUACUGCUCUAAA